UCAUCUAUCUAAUGUCAGCCAGCGCCGUUGUCACCAUUAUUGGUAGCCAAAGAUAAGUACCACCUGACAAUUUGAAUAAUCUAGCCGAAAGCCUGUAUCGUUCAACAGUUAAGUACGAGCUAUAAAAAGAAUUAUCACGGUUCCCGUUCAAUGUAGUCAACCGCUGGUAAUCGUCAAACAACCGUCGUUCGCACUUGGAAAGUAAAGGAUUUUCCCCGGAGUGUUCUCAAGCGUUUACGGUUACGGCGUUCAGUGACAAUGUGGGCGAUCAAGUUCGCGGCAGGCAUUCUUGCCGUCGUUAUGCUCGGAAGCAUCGAAGCAGCUCCUCGUGAAGGAUAUGGUCCCGGGAUGCAAGAUUGGGGAUUCGUGGAGGUUCGAAAUGGAGCCCACAUGUUCUGGUGGUUGUACUACACAACGGCUGAAGUUGAACAGUUCACGGACAGACCGCUGCUGAUUUGGCUGCAAGGAGGCCCAGGAGCGUCUUCAAUGUAUGGAAAUUUUGAAGAACUAGGCCCAUUGACUUUAGAAGGAGAGGAGAGAAAUCAUACGUGGGUAAAAAACUACAACGUUCUGUUCAUUGACAACCCCGUUGGAACCGGCUUCAGCUAUGUGGAGGAUUCGUCACUUUAUACCAAAAACAAUGCUGAAAUUGCCGAUGAUUUGCUUACCUUCAUUAAAGAAUUCUACAGAUUAAAUCCGGAAUUCAAGGAAACUCCGUUGCACAUCUACGCCGAAAGCUAUGGCGGGAAGAUGGCUCCCGAAUUUGCGUAUGUUCUAGAUAAGGCUAUCAAAAAUGGAGAAAUUGACAUUAAGCUAGAGUCUGUCGGAAUAGUUGCACCCUGGGUAUCACCGAUCGAUUCCGUGCUUUCGUGGGGUGACUUUUUGCUCAACAUGGGCUUUGUUGACACCAAAGGAUACCGACAGAUUCAAGCGGCCGCCAUUGAGACUGAGCAUAUUCUGAACGAGGGACGCUAUGAAGAUGCCACCUGGCAAUGGGGACGGACUGAAGAAGUUAUCGUGCGGGAGACUCUGGGGAUUGAUUUUUAUAACGUGCUGUUUACACAAGACUUUCAGUCGACCAAAUCCCGAUUGGCAAUGUUUGCAAAGGACAUGAAGCAGGCAACUUUGGACAGUGCCAUCCGGCUUGCAUCCGAAGAUCGUGAUCAAAUGCUGGAAGAUUUAAUGAGAGGAGUGGUAGCCACAACGUUGCAGCUUCCGGCAGAAUCUGUGUAUAAUUCACAGGGUGGACGUGUUUUCCAAAGCAUGAGUGGCGAUUUCAUGAAACCGGCAAUUCACAUCAUUGAGCUUUUACUCAAUAACACCAACUUGGACGUUGUUGUAAUUACUGGUCAAUUGGAUUUGAUAGUUGCAACUCCAGGAAAUGUGGCUUGGCUGGAAAAAGUUCAAUGGGAUGGUCGUAAUCAGUAUUUGCAAGCUCCAAGGGACGGAAUUGGUCCGCUUGGUAUGUUAGAAGGUUAUCAGAAGAGCUUUGGGAAGCUGUACAUGUACUGGGCGUUACGCGCUGGUCACAUGGUGCCCGCCGAUAAUCCAGUGAUAAUGGAUUACAUUCUACAGAAACAUGCUGGGUUUCCCUAGUGUUGUUGAGAAGCUAUGGGAACAACAAUAAAAGUUACGUUUUGCAAACUGGACGAGCCGUUAGCAUUAAUCAUAAUAACACUUGCUGUUUGGCCGUUAGUUUAAUAAGUAUCAUUCAACAGAUGACAUUUACGAUUUACCUACCU